AUGUUAAUAAUACAAGCCAAAAUCACUUCAAAUGAAUCAGAAUUCAAACAAUUGGAACUAAAAGAAAUCAAACAACAAAAUUCCGUUACAGAAAUCAUAGACAAUCUGAAACCAGGAAUAUCAUACUCCUUCGGUGUGAUAAUAGUUGCAGAAGAUGGAAAUUCCAACAUAGAGGAUAUCAAAAUAGUCAAUUACACUACCAAGUGCCUAUUUUCAAGAAAUAUAAAUUAUGGUGUAAGCUUAUUGAGUGGUACAGACUACAUCAAUGUUACUUGGAACAAGCUUAAUGAUCAAAAUGAAGAAGACUGCUAUAUAACAGGGUACUUGUUGAAACUUAUGAUGGUGAACACACCUCUACAGCAACAAGGUUUUUCAGAAGAAGUAAUAUCCAAUGAUAAUCAUGGAUAUGUAUUUGAAAAUCUACUAUAUGGUGAAAAAUACUCAGUUCAAGUAACAGCAAUAUCAGCUACGGGUCAGGCUAAAUCAUCUGAAAUAUCAUAUAUUUACACCGAGCCUUAUGGAUCUGUGCAAAUAAAAAACAUAAAAGCCAAACUAAACCAAAGUUCAUCAUUGGUAAUAACGUGGGAUGUUGACGAAAAAUAUGCAAAUACGCCGUUACAUUAUAACAUUAAAUACAAGAUCAAUAAGCAUUUUAGCUGUUCAAGCGAAGUCAUAACAAAUAUCUGGACAUCGCUAUUAGCUUACAAUCAGACGCGAAUCGAAAUUUUGGAUUUGAUACCGAACACACAGUAUGUUGUAAAAGUUGACCCCAAAAUUAAAGGAUAUACUUACAACGACAAUAUUAAUAUUAUUUUCGUAAAAACGCCUAUCUCUAAUCCAAAAUUAACACCUAUAAUGAUCAAUGACGCAAAUGGUUCAUACAUAACCAAUCAAAGCGCAUACUUCAGUUGGACGAUAAACAAGACCGAGUGUUCUAAACUAAAUGGUUUAUUUCAAGGAUACCAAGUCAUACUUAAAGAUAUUGUCGAGGGCACGCAAGUAUCAAACUUGACUACACAAAACACGGUGAACUACGAUGGAUUAAAACCCAGCACCAAAUAUGAACUGCAAAUAUACGUACUAACGAAUUAUGGAUACAACUCAGAACAAGGAUUAUUGAUUCCGUUCAAAACCAUUACUAAAUUUUUAGAACCUGUGGACGAAUUAAUAGUUUACAAGAAAAACUUGAAGCGCAAAUCGAUUGGAAUCAGAUGGAGUUACCCUGAUGAAAACAUCGUCAACGGUUUUAUCAUCAGCGCAAUCGACGAGAAUAUAAAUAGUACAAAGCAAAUUACCAUAGAACCCGAAAGAUGCGUUGUUUGGCCAAAAUUAUACUGCACUACUUUUGAGAACCUAAUACCAAACCACCAAUACACCAUAAAAAUAAAAGCCAAGUCGAUAGACUAUCCCACAGGUGGUUUUACGGCAUCGGUCGUCAGCAAUUUCAGCGACGGGUUUGCAGAUAAACCGGAAAAUCUCAGGACAACAGACGUAGGCUCCACGCACAUAUCACUGGCAUGGGACAUACCAUGGGUAUUCAACGGCGUGCUGAAAUCGUUCAUAGUGAACACCGAAGAGAUUUCCUCUAAAGACAUCGAUAAAUGCUGUGAUAGCCAACCGGAUUUGGAGAUUCAGAUAACAGAAGAACUCCCAACUUACAACUGCACGAUAAACGAUUUGAAGCCCGGUUCCACUUAUUCGAUCGGUGUAUUAUCGAAGACUUCAUCAUAUGGUCAAACUAAUAGGAUUCAAGUGACGACUCUAUCCACUCCUGCAGUCGCUGAAGACGUUGAAAACGAUCAGCUAAUAACACCUGCAACGCAGACAUCAGACGAACCUGAAAAUUAA